AAGUCAAAUUCCCUUAAUUUGUGUCUAACAGCGUAAUUAAUUAACCUCACUCCUCACUUACAACACGUAACAAUGCUUUCUAGUAUCACCUUCUCGUAUCCUUAAAAAAUCAAAACCACCCAAAUCCUACUCCUACUCCACCUCUAUCGUCAUUUUUUCUUUUUCUGUUUCCAACAGGAUUUGAGUUUCAGAGGUUUUGAUAAUGGCAACAAAUUCUUCAAAUGGAGAUCAUCAAAAAGCAACAAAGCAACCUCCCUUGCCGUCUCCCUUGAGAUUUUCCAAGUUCUUUCAGUCCAAUAUGAGAAUUCUGGUUACUGGAGGAGCUGGGUUUAUUGGCUCUCACCUAGUUGACAGAUUGAUGGAAAAUGAAAAAAAUGAGGUCAUUGUUGCUGACAACUUCUUCACCGGAUCUAAAGACAACCUUAAAAAGUGGAUUGGCCAUCCAAGAUUUGAGCUAAUUCGUCAUGAUGUCACAGAGCAAUUGUUGAUUGAGGUUGAUCAAAUCUAUCAUCUUGCAUGCCCUGCUUCUCCAAUUUUCUAUAAGUACAAUCCUGUAAAGACAAUAAAGACAAAUGUGAUUGGAACGCUGAACAUGCUUGGGCUUGCUAAGCGUGUGGGAGCAAGGAUUUUGCUUACAUCUACUUCAGAAGUAUAUGGGGACCCUCUUGUGCAUCCACAACCAGAAAGCUAUUGGGGCAAUGUUAACCCUAUUGGAGUUCGGAGUUGUUAUGAUGAGGGCAAGCGUGUUGCAGAAACUUUGAUGUUUGAUUAUCAUAGGCAGCAUGGAAUUGAAAUACGCAUUGCAAGAAUCUUUAACACAUACGGACCACGCAUGAAUAUUGAUGAUGGGCGUGUUGUCAGCAACUUCAUUGCUCAAGCAAUUCGUGGUGAACCCUUAACUGUCCAAGUUCCAGGAACUCAAACCCGCAGUUUCUGCUAUGUCUCUGACAUGGUUGAUGGACUUAUACGUCUAAUGGAAGGGGAAAACACUGGUCCAAUCAACAUUGGGAACCCAGGUGAAUUUACAAUGAUUGAACUUGCCGAGAAUGUGAAGGAGCUUAUUAAUCCAGGAGUGGAGAUAAAGAUGGUUGAGAACACUCCUGACGAUCCUCGUCAGAGAAAACCAGACAUAACAAAAGCAAAGGAAUUGCUGGGCUGGGAGCCAAAGGUCAAGUUGCGUGAUGGCCUUCCUCUUAUGGAAGAGGAUUUCCGUUUGAGGCUUGGGGUUCCCAAGAACAACUAAGCUUGUUUUCACUCCUUCUCUUCAUAUCACAAUAAACAUUUUGAUAGUAGUUGGGAUGAAUCUAUUAGUUUUAAAAGACAUUUUUAUAUUGAAAGCUAUGGAGAGGAAGGUUAAAACGCUCAGCCAGGAAAACCAACUUGAACUUGCUCUUCAAUGGGUACAAUAUGAUUGCUUCUCCACCCAACUUCCCUUGGAAAUGCUAUUUUUGUGUUGAGUUGAAUUUUUUUGAUUAAAAACUAGCUGUUUGAAGUUCUCUUUCAACUUUCUUUAUCCAUUGUAAGCCAGGGUAGGUGUGUCUUAAAGGUGUUGUAUGUACCGAAAUACAAAUUCAGAUUGUUGGGUGGAUUCAGCUUUGGAUUUGAGUAUAUUUGAAUCUCCUUUAGAAAUAAAGUUAUAAUGGUCUGUUAUGAAUGUCAAAUAGGUUCUACUGAGAAUCUGUUUGUUAUUUUGUUAA